GCGGGGCGCGCCACGUCGGCGCCAGGCGUCCACGCCCCUGCCCGUCCGCGGGGGUUGCUGUACCCGCGCGGCGCGCGCUUCCCGCGCUUGUUCAGACUCGCGCUCACACGCGCGCUCACACGCGCACUCCCGCCGCCCGGCCCCUCCGAACCCCGGUGUCACCAUGUCUUCGCCUCCCGAAGGAAAAGUAGAGACCAAAGCUGGACACCCGCCCGCCGUGAAGGCUGGUGGGAUGCGGAUCGUGCAGAAACACCCACACACGGGAGACGGCAAGGAGGAGCGAGACAAGGAUGACCAGGAGUGGGAAAGCCCCAGCCCACCCAAGCCGACCGUGUUCAUCUCCGGUGUCAUCGCCCGGGGUGACAAGGACUUCCCCCCAGCGGCCGCACAGGUGGCUCACCAGAAGCCCCACGCCUCCAUAGACAAGCACCCGUCCCCGCGGCCCCAGAACAUCCAGCAGCCUCGCAAGUGACCUGGAGUCACUAGGACCCCGGCUCCCUGCAGCAGCGCCUGGUCGCCCCCGUUCACACUGCAGGACAAAGCCGGCCCCGUCCUCGGAAAACGGCUUGUUGCGGGGGCUAAGGCCAAGCAAAGCCUCCUGCCUCUGUCUUGUAUUUGCAGUUUCAAACUAGAAACGGCUCAAACCCCCAGCUUUGUGGGAGCGCCGCUGCAGGGUCAUUGUACGUCCAGAAGUGCCAUUAGCAAGUUGCCAAGACCUAAUUAAAAAGCAGCCUUUCACACGGUAGCUUGAAUUCUGUCUCAGCAGUCGCUGCGGCCCCCAAACCCCAGGGUGCACACUGAGGAGACGGGAGCUGAGGGCAGCACAGUUGUCGCAUGCCUCCAAGAGAGUAAGAAAUACGGGGCAGAGGUGGCAGGGUUCACAUGCGGCCUCCAGACGGGCCCAGGGGACUGCACAUCCCCCCGGUGUGGCAAGGGACGCAGGACAAGUGCUCGGGAUGAGCCGGACACAGGGCACACAGCCCCUCCCGCCUGUGACUGGCCCUCGCCCCGAGGGCCCAGCCAGGCCGGCUGUGCAUCCCCCUCACCCCUCUAGAGCCCUUUUGGACUCAGGAAGUGACUGUCUUCCUUGAGAUGGAGGAAGAGACACUAAUUCCUGAACCCUUGGGUGAGAGAGUUGAAUCGUGAAAAGAUGGCGGAAUUAAACACCACCGUCCACUUGCCCCAAAGGCCCUUCUUGUGGUCACUGCCCCGAGUCCUCCCGGUGUGUGUGCGCCCCAGCCAGCCACCCGGUGACUCCCGCUCGCGUCUCCUGCCUUGGGCGGGGGUGACAGGCUCUCUGGAUGCAGCGCACAUGGCUUGGCUGAAAAGCCAACAACGGCCUCCUUCAGUCCCUAGGGCCCUCACAGCACUGCUCAGAGCCGGGGAGCCCGACUGUCCCUCAGCCAGUAGCAGAUUCUGGGUGGGUCACAGCGGUACUGUGUGCAUCUGACAGCUGCCUGGCCCCUGCUCCAGGUCCUGCCUCCCCACCCAGGAGGAAUCUCCUAAGGGGUACUUAAAGGAUUUCCAGGGAACUGACUCACAGGAGGCCAGUGGGUUGUUGAUCUCGCAUUUCCUGAUUACAAGACCUGGUGUGAAGCGGCCUGGGGCCCUGGGCUUGGCCGGCAGUGCUGCAGGGAAAGUAGAUGAAGAAAGGAAAGGACCAACUCUGGCAGGGCCUGGUCACCUCCGCCACAGGAAGCAGAACCAUCCUGGGUCCCUGCAGCUCUGCAGCCAGGGGUCAGCUCGCCCUCAGAGGCCCAGCCUGUGUCUUUUCUGGGCUAGAAUGCACAGAUUCUUCUGGAGUGAGUUUCUCAAUGGUUGACUUCAAGAAUAAUCGAGAUUCUAAUAAAGCCCGUGUGUCCCUUC